AUGUUACAUUGUCAUGGUCCAAUUGAUGUAGUAGGCCAAGCUUUGAGGAAACCAAGUGCUCCUGACUUGGUAAAUAUUGAGAUGUUUUUGACUGCUAAAGAAGUGGAAGAGUCAUUGGAAAGACAAGAGACUAUGACUUGCUUGGCUUGGUGUCAUGAUAACAAAUCCAGGCUCAGAAAAAUGAAGGGGCGCCAAAAUGAGAAUGAACCGAAGAUGGGACGCAAAAGUAAAUCGGCCAGUGAUUACUGUAAAGAAAAUGAUGAUCUUGUUACGGAAACCAUUAAAGGAAAACCAGAAUUGAGCUGUCUGGAGUUCAGCCUAAGGAUUCAGGAGUUCAUUGAACUCAUUCGACAGAACAAGAGACUGGAUGCUGUGAGACAUGCAAGAAAGCAUUUCAGUCAGGCUGAGGGAAGCCAGCUGGAUGAGGUUCGACAAGUGAUGGGAAUGUUGGCCUUUCCUUCAGACACUCAUAUCUCCCCCUAUAAGGAUCUCUUGGACCCUGCUCGAUGGAGAAUGCUGAUCCAACAGUUUAGAUAUGAUAACUACAGACUACAUCAGCUGGGAAACAAUUCUGUUUUUACUAUAACACUCCAGGCAGGCCUUUCAGCUAUAAAAACACCACAGUGUUAUAAAGAGGAUGGGAGCUCAAAAAACCCAGACUGCCCUGUGUGUAGCAAAUCCCUGAACAAGCUGGCUCAGCCUCUGCCUAUGGCACAUUGUGCCAACUCCCGACUAGUCUGCAAGAUUUCGGGGGAUGUAAUGAACGAAAAUAAUCCUCCUAUGAUGUUACCAAAUGGAUAUGUCUAUGGAUACAAUUCUCUGCUUUCUAUUCGUCAAGAUGACAAAGUAAUUUGCCCAAGAACCAAAGAAGUCUUCAACUUCUCACAAGCUGAGAAAGUCUACAUCAUGUAGGUCCAUAAAACACAUGACAAAGUGCCGCUGGAAUUUUGACACAGUGUAUAUUGGCAUACCCUGCAAAGGGGGGGGCCUUAAUGUGUGGCAAAGAAGCAAAACCUGCCACCUUGGGGAUCAGACCUGUCGGUGGCAUUAUUGUUUCUUGCGACCAAAGAUCAAUGAGCAACAAUAAACACUCUUUAAAAAAAAAAAAGAAAAAAAAAAGAGAGGAAUUAUGACUUAAGUUUGUACUUGAAUAAAAACAAAAACAAAUUUUGAUUGUUAAGGUUUUGUAACAUAAGGUCAAAAAUUGGACUCUUCUCAAAAGUACUUUCAUCUUCUAAAGGAAAACUUUCUUUAAAGAUGGACACUUGCACUGGGGGAAAAGUUAGAACAGAUUUGAAAUUAAAUCCAUUUUUCUUCCCUCUUUUUCACAAUUGUCCAAGACCCUUUUGUUAUCAAAGAUUUCAGUACUACCAAUAUGUUCUCCUCUAAGCUCCUCUUUGCCUUCUUUAUGAUCCUCUUGUGAAGUAAUCCUGAACAUGAAUCCUAUAACUUAUUUCCAUGGGAAGAUACUGAUGUCUUUGACACAAGACUGGCUUCUCUGGAGGAUCAACUAGGGACUGGUUUGAAGGAGUAUGAAGUCUUUUUCCAAACCCAAAUAUUUUAAGGAGGUUGCAUAAGUAUCAAGAGGAACUUAGAACAUUUCAGGCAAAAUCCAAUGCUUGUUUAAAUGUUCUUUUUCCAGUCUACCAUAGUGUUAAAGUCCUUCUAAAGUUAUUAGUUAUGUGCAUAGGGUUCAAUAUGAAAUCAUUAGUGCUACUGCCUUAUUUCUUGCUUUGAGAAUGUACUCACAUGAAAAUGAGCUGGUAUUCUUAAGUGUUGGGCGAAGUUUCUGAAGAUGCCUUGCAGGAUGAUUACAUAAUUUUAGGGUCUAAAUAGUAUUCAUUACUGAAACUAAUAGUUCAAUUUUAACAACUACAGAACACAUCCUUAUGACUUUUCAAAAGAAUUAAACCAUUGUAGUUUAAACAAAACCAUAUUGUAGAGGUUUGUAUUUAGCGCUUAUUUUUGCAUGUUGAUGUUGAUUAGCUAAUAAAAGAUUGUAAAUGUAAAACAUGUUAA